AAGUUUACAAAUAGCAAACACGACCAAACACGAUAAAGUUCACCAAGUGAAGCGCCGGCAUAUGCGUUGGAGUCAGUGGUGUGGUGUUUGUCAUUAGGUGUAAUAUUUUUUGCUAAAUUGAUAAAUAGAUAAUUUUUUCUACUAUGCUACGAAUUAAAUAGAAGACAAACAUUUGAAAUUUUGCGUGUUCUCCUUUUUCGGUAGCCGUAACAGUAACAUUAUUUGAAGACUGCAUUUUGUAGUUAGUUAUCUGUUUGUGUCUUCAUUGUUUUGUGUAAAAAAAGACCAAUAUAAUGAAUCUGUUUAAAACCUGCCCGGCUGUAUGACGCACUCCAGUAAAAGUUGAUCGAUACUUGGACCUUGAAAAUAUGCAGACCGAAGAAGACUGCACUUCAGUCACACUAAAGAAAAAAAACGACAACAAAGGUCAACACACAAGUGACAAUAACAGUGUAGUCUCUCAAACUGACUCCAAGAAAGGAGAAAAGUCUGACGGAGAAGAUCCUAAACCCCGAAUCGUUUUAACGUUCCGAUCCGAGAAGUCUGGUGCGAAAUCUAGCAAUAUGAAAAUAGUCCCAAACGAUGAAAAGCAUGAAGAGUGUUCACCGCGUCGAUCGAGCAGGACUCGUGGCAAGUGGGAAUGGUCUGAUGAGGCAGACUCGUCGGCAUCCCCUAAAAAGGAUAAAGACACAAGCCAGCCAGUUUCAGAGAAUGACGAGGGUUCGGACAGCUCCCGCUCAGCUACUGCAUCAAAGAGGCCUACAAGAAGAGGCACUCAUGUGCCCUACGAAACACCUACAACAACUCAGAGGUUGUCACGUAGAAUUAAGCCUACUGCAAAGAUUCUUGCUAAUGAAGAACUAAGAAUUGGAUUAGAAUCUCAAAACAAUGCCCGAUUAGGUAUACAAAUUGAAAAGCCCGAGGAUGGUGUGAAAACUAGAAGAUCAGCUCGUCCCACUCAGUCUGGGCUUGAGCAAUCUACAUCUAGUGUGUUAUCCAAGAAGGAUACUAAAAAUAUUAAAGCAAUUGAUGUUGAGGAAAUUGUAGAUGAUGAUUCUAAUUCAGAGGAUAAACAAGAUCCAAGCACCGUCAUGAAGUUGAAACACUUGUGUGAGUUGGGCCUAAAAGCUAUCAAUACUGAUUCCAUGGAAGAAGAAAAUGAUGAUGAAAUGGAAGUGGAUGAGGAAGUUGAUGAAUAUGAAGAGGAGGAGGAGGAUGAAGUUGACCUAGAGGAUGAAGAUGAAAUGGAUGAUGACUCAGAAGAAGUAAUCAGCAAGCUCCUGGAGGCUGAUGAAGACAGCAGUGAAGAUUUCUUAUGUACAUUGGGUUCAUCAAAGAGCAAACGGCCUCGCCGCUCUACCAGACUAUGUUCCUCUUAUGGAGGGCAAGAUGUUGAGACACAGUCACCACUUCCUGAAGAUGAUGAUCAGAAGGAAUACUGUCCACCGUCCAAGAGAAACCGUUCCAGGCGGCGUGUCGAGCAUUCUGAGACAGAACAGGAAGAUGAGGGCAGCCGAUCACGCCGCCUCAAGAGUCGUGCCAUCAAAAAUGAAGAUGUUCAGUCUGAAGCAGAACUGGAAGACAAUAACAGUGAACCGGCCGGCGGGGAUGAAGGCACAGAGGCUGCAUGCCCCGAUGAUGAAUCAACCAUUGUGGCCACCUGUUACUGCGAAACUCCCAGCAAUGUGCACGCAGCGCCUAGCGAGCUCACGGAGCCAGUGUUCUGCCAAGCGGUUGAGACAGUGGACGGGGCCCGCGUGGGGUGCUCUCACGCGGCGCUGCGAGCGCGCGACGGGGCCCUGGAAGCGAUGCUGCGCGCCGGGCCCCGCUCGCCCUACCUGCUCACGUGUCGCCUGCACGCGGCCCAGUUGCGGCGACACAUGGCCUGCCCUGCCUGCGGUCUGUUCUGCACGCAGGGAAUAUUCUACCAAUGUUCGCUGGGUCACCUAUUCCACUUGGAGUGCGGUUUACCUUACAACGAGUCGGUGAAGCCACGCCCAGGCUGUCCUCACUGCGGCGUGCGGUCAUACCGCUGGCAGCCCGUCAACACCCAAUGCCACAAGGUGAAGCUGCGGAUGCAGUGCAGCAACAAGCGCGUCUACCUGCCCGACCAGCGCGAGCAGUGUACUCAAGCGUACCUAAGCUUCUCGAGCACAGAACCACCACAAACGGACCAAAUGCCUCUAAUCCCCGAUGACUUACUGCCGGCCAUGUCAAUAGAUCUGAAGAGUUUAUGCCUAAAGAAAGAUGAUAAUACAGACCCAGAGUCUGUAAUAGAAGCUGCACAGAAGCUUUGCGAUGCUAUUAUAGCUAUGGAGCCUGUGGAACAGCUGAUAUCUAAAAUUACGUGCCCGGCGGUAGUGAACGAGCAGCUGCCCAGCUUAGGAGGCGGCAGCAGCGUGCACGCCGCUGCGACGCGCGGGUACGUGGCGGCCCUGCACGCGCUGCGCUGCGCCGGCGCAGAUAUAGACGCGCUCGACAACGGGCUGCGGACCCCGCUCAUGGCCGCCAUCCAUGCAUUAUUAGUGAAGCCAGAAAAUAAAAUCGAUGACAAUAAUGACAAAACUACUGACAAGGAUAUCACAGAGGAAUCGGACAUAAAAGAGGAAUUGGAGCCAAAAGAGGUAGUGGCUGAUGUGGAAGAGGAUAAAAAGGACAGUAUUAGUGAGAACAAGGAUAGUGAGACUGUGACGGCUUUGUUAGACAAAACAGAUACUGACGAAGAAAAUAAGAAAAGUGCAGACAAGGAAAUUUUAGAAGAUAUUGAUAUCAAACAAGAAUUGAGAUUAAAUGAGGAGACAACUGAAAAGCAAGAUUUGGAUGAGGAGAAAAAGGACAGUAUCAGUGAGAAGAAGGAAGACGAGAUUGAGAAGGGUAGCGAUGAGGAUCUCAUGAAGUGUAUUAGAUAUUUGAUCGCAGCUGGCUGUGAUGUCAAUAUACAGGGCCCGGAGGGUAUGACAGCCCUCCACAUGGGCGCGCAACAUGGGAACGUGACCGUAUGCGAAAUGUUACUGCGGGACGGUGGUGCCUUCGUAGAGCCGCGGGACCACGGCGGGUGGAGCCCCCUCGUGUGGGCCGCGGAGCACCGUCACCCCCCCGCCCUCAGAUUACUGUUAGCAAACGGCGCAGACGCAGCGACGCGAGACUCCGAAGGCAACGGCGCCAUACACUGGUGCGCUCUCGCCGGCUCCCCGCUCUCACUCAAACUGUUACUGGACGCCGCGCCCCAUACUGUGCACCACCAUAACGCGCACCACGACACGCCGCUGCACAUCGCAGCUCGCCAAGGUCAUUACGCGUGUGUCAUCAUAUUGUUAGCUCGUGGCGCAAAGACUGACGUAGAAAACUCCGCGGGCGAGUUGCCAGCGGACGUAUGCACGGGCGCGUGUCAAACAGCCAUCGCGCUCAAUAUGCACAUGGCGCAGAUCACUGGAAACCCGACCCGCUGUAAAAUACUGUCGAGUGAUAUAUCGAACGGCCUGGAGGAAUAUCCGGUUCCGUGCGUGAACGAAGUGGACGACGAACCUCUACCCACCGACUUCACCUACGUCACCAGCCACCUGCUACCAGAACCCGUCGCCAUAGACGACUCCAUCGCCACCAUGAAGGGAUGCGACUGCGUGGACGUUUGCGGAAGUAACUGCGCAUGCGUCGUGCUCAGCGUGAGAAUGUGGUGGUCGCGGGGCAAACUGAUACCCGCCUUCCCCCACCACGACCCCCCCAUGCUGUUCGAGUGCAACCAGACCUGCGCCUGCAACAAGCGCAAGUGUGAGAACAUGGUAGUGAGCCGCAUCAUGUCGCGCGGAUCGCUCGGCGUGCGCGCUGAAGUAUUCCGCACGUUGGGGCGCGGCUGGGGACUGCGCGCCGCCAGCCCCGUGCCGCGCGGGGCCGCCGCCGCCCUCUACUGCGGCGAGCUGCUGCCCCUCAGCGCGGCCGACACGCGCGCCGUCGACCGCUACAUGUUCGCGCUCGACCUCAAGCCCGACCUGCUGCAGCAAUGCAACGAGAAGACCCUUCUGUGCGUGGACGCAUGCCGCUACGGCAGCGCGGCGCGUUUCGUGAACCACAGCUGCAGCGCUAACCUCGCGCCCGUGCGAGUGUUCCCGCAAGCGCGAGACCUGCGCCUGCCUGCCAUCGUGCUGUUCGCGACAAGGGACAUCCGCGCCGGGGAGGAGCUCACAUUUGACUACGGAGAUAAGUUUUGGCAAGUCAAAUCGAAGUUCAUGAAAUGCGAGUGUGCCACUCCUGAAUGCAGAUAUCCUGAGAAAUCUACCGAAUCUGAUUCAUAAUAUAAAAAUUUAAUAAAAAUCAAUAGUCUCAAUUAAUCAAUUAUUAACAAAUGAUGUUCUUUUAUUGAGGAUAAUUUAGCAUACUAUAGGUAUGUCUCUUAAGAAUUGGAUUUAUUACCAAUCAGUCCUUCAUUCAGAAUAAUGACAAACUGUAUUUAUUUUAAGGCUUAUAGUGUAUAAGAUUAUGAUGAUCUGUGUAUAUAGUUGUAAUUUAUUAAUCUUAAUAAAUAUACUUUAAUACAAACAUAAACAUAGACUUACUUAUUGACUCCAAAAUGAACUGCAGAGUGCCAGAAAAAAAUACUUAUUCAUUUUGUGACUUUUGGAUAUCUAUCCAUAUCCCUAUCCAUCCCUUUCCGCUCCCCCUAAGUCGAAACACGGGGUUAAAAAAUCGACAUCAGUUACCAUAUUUGUAGUGUGUUUAUAAACAAUGCAUUACUACGAUUAUCCAGAAACGAAGAUAAGCUCCUCUCUUAUUCAUUCAAUCGCACAAGAUCCGUUGACAUCUAGCCAAUGGAUUGAUGAUUG